GCUGCUAAAUUUGGUGACCUUCAGCAAAAGGCAAAAGGUCGUCGUUUCGGAACCAAGUUUGCUCCUGCACUCCUACAGCAUUUGUGGUGCUAUUCGUAUCCUGACGGAGACCAAGCUUCACGAAACAAGUGAAAAAUCUCGCUUCUAAGAAAGAUGGCUGGAAAGUACCGUAUCGUGAUGGUUCGCCAUGGUGAAUCGGAAUGGAACCAGAAAAAUCUGUUCUGCGGCUGGUUCGAUGCUAACCUCAGCGACAAGGGCAAGGAAGAAGCCCUGGCCGCCGGAAAGGCUGUGAAGGAGGCAGGCCUCAAGUUCGACAUUGCCCACACGUCCCUGCUAACCCGUGCCCAGGUUACGCUCGAUUCGAUCCUGAAGGAGUCGGGUCAGACGGCCAUUCCGAUCCAGAAGACCUGGCGGCUGAACGAGCGCCACUACGGUGGGCUGACCGGAUUGAACAAAUCCGAAACGGCCGCCAAGUACGGUGAGGAUCAGGUGCUGAUUUGGCGCCGUAGCUUCGAUGUGCCGCCGCCGAACAUGGAACCGGACCACGCGUACUACAAUGCGAUCGUGAAGGACGAACGGUACAAGGACGACCCGAAGCCGAACGAAUUCCCGAUGGCGGAAUCGCUGAAGCUGACCAUCGCCCGUACGCUGCCGUACUGGAACGACGUUAUCAUUCCGCAGCUGAAGGAGGGCAAGAACAUCAUCAUCGCGGCGCACGGUAACAGUCUGCGCGGUAUCGUGAAGCAUCUGGACCAGAUGACGGACGAGGCGAUCAUGGGCCUGAACCUUCCCACCGGUAUUCCGUUCGUGUACGAGCUGGACGAAAACCUGAAGCCGGUCGUGUCGAUGAAGUUCCUGGGCGACGAGGAGACGGUCCGCAAAGCGAUCGAGUCCGUCGCUAACCAGGGCAAGGCAAAGUAAGGGGGCGUACCGAGGAUGCCGUGUUCGAAUAUGCUCCGUUUGUGUUUCUUUUCGUUUUGUGAUGCGUCCAUCGUUAAACUCGUUUGUUGAAGAAGACCCGCAGUCAGCAGUCAGUCCGUCGUCUGCCAAGUCAGUAAUUUAUUUGUAGCGUAGUCGUGCUGUAUAGAGUGUUUGCACCACUCUAGUGUACGUGCAUCUACGGCGUGUGUUCGGCACGUACCACGUACCGAGACCAGAUUCCACGAAUCGUAAUCUUAAUAAUAAUGUAUUGUUGAGGAUAAACCACGGAAUAAAAAAUAAACUUCAUUUGUUGACUGUCUGUAAAG